AUGCCGGACCGUGAGGCUCUAGAGUCCCCGCCGAAGCCUAUGGCCGCACAUACGCCAGAGCCGACAGAUGCGCAGGCUGGCGUGAAUAAGGAGGAAUGGGUUACGACCAAUGUAGACGUGAAAGGCGAUGUGGUUGCGGACGGUGCAGCUGCCCAUCCCCUUGACCGCCCCCUAGACCGUCCAGGUGCAGAUAUUGUCGUCGACUCCUCAAUGCGCAUCGUACAAAUAUCCGCGAGCUACCUAGCCCUGAACUCCCUCCUUCCCAUCGAUGGCUGCCACUACCACUACCAAUUUGCCGGCCUGGAUGUCUUUGAUGCUAUUAAGAUGCACGGUCUUGUCCCCGAGCCAGACUCGUGGAGACAUGCCAUUCACAAUGCUCUCACCAAGCAAGACGCCUAUGCCACCGCAGAUAUAGACAGUACCGGGCAGAAAUAUUGGUGUCUCCGCGUGGUUCCUGUGUUUCAGGAUAGCAAACUUGCAUAUAUUGCCCUGUAUGCCCAGGUUAAUGUGGCCCGUCACCAAACCGAACCCUCCGGCGGCGAACUGGACGUCAAUGACACCUACCGAAUCCUAGUUGAGACGGUAAAGGACUAUGCAAUUUUCAUGCUGGAUACUAGGGGGAAUGUCAAGACGUGGAAUGCUACUGCCACCCUCAUGAAAGGAUACAAACCUGAGGAAAUCAUCGGUCAUCACUUUUCUACAUUCUAUGGCGAUGAGGACAUCAAGGCGCAGAAGCCGAAGAAAGAACUAGAGAUAUGCUUACGAGAGGGCAAGGUGGAGGAUGAAUCUUGGCGGUAUCGUAAAAAUGGCUCACGUUUCUGGGCGAAUGUCGUAAUAACGUCCGUGUAUCGGAAGGGCAUGCACAUUGGUUUCAGCAAAGUCACUCGCGAUCUUACGGAGCGGAAAGCUGCAGAAUCUCGCUUGAUUUCGGCAUACGAGGAAUCAGAGAAACUCAAGUCCGCAUUUCUGGCCAACAUGAGCCAUGAGAUCCGGACGCCGAUGCAUGGGAUGCUUACAGCACUCACCCUGCUCAUGGACUCACCCCUGACCCAGGAACAGCGGGAACUUGGAGGUAUCAUCAACGAGUCGGGUUCUGUCCUCUUGCAAGUUAUCAAUGAUAUCCUCGACUAUUCGAGACUUGCUUCUGGCGUCUUCUCUAUAUCCCUUGAUGUAAUCAGCAUCCCAGAUAUCAUCACUUCUGUUGUGAGAAGCAUUAGACCUACCCUCAAGCCUGGUAUUACCUUGGAGUCUUCGCUGAGCCCUAACACCCCCGGAUCUGCCAAGGGCGACCCCCUCCGCUAUCGCCAGAUCAUUGAGAAUCUCGUGGCGAAUUCUGCAAAAUUUACAGACGCAGGCUCUAUCCAGAUCGAUGUAUCGGUCGCAUGUGAUGAUGAAGCCUCAUACACCAUCCUCACUGAGGUUACUGAUACGGGCAUCGGUAUCCCAGAUCAUGGCGUCAAAUCAUUAUUCACUCCAUUUAAUCAAUUUGACAAUUCAGCCACAAAACGAUACAAGGGAACUGGACUCGGAUUAACUAUCUGCAAAAGCCUAGUAGAGUUGAUGGGUGGCGAGAUCGGGUUUCGCCCGAAUUCCGACACACACGGGUGCAUAUUUUGGUUUACCACCAAAAUACAGAAGAUAAACAAACCAAAGCAAGUUGAUGAAUUAGAGAAGCAGAUGGAGGGAGUCAACAUCUCACCACCGGACGAUCCGGGAUCAUUACUAAAACAAAUUGCACCAGGAAAGCGCCUUUUACUCGCCGAAGACAACUACGUCAAUCGGAGAAUUAUGCUGAAGGUGUUAAAAAAGUUUGGCUUUGAACAAGUCGACACGGCCUUGGAAGGAGCAUCAGCGGCGAAACUCGUGAUAGAGAACCCGCAAAUGUUUGACCUUAUACUUAUGGAUAUCAGCAUGCCGGUUUUGGACGGGAUCGGCGCUACGCGCGAGAUCCGGAACGCUGGCUUGACCAUACCGAUUAUUGCAAUGACAGCGAACGCAUUAAAAGGUGAUGCAGAGGUGUAUUUGGCCAAAGGAAUGGAUGGUUAUAUUCAAAAGCCUGUUAGACUUCCCCUCUUACGGGAGACAUUGCUUACCUGGUUGAAACCAUAG